AGCCCAGCCUGGUCCCGGGCCCGCGGUUCCCGCACAGCACAGCGCCUUCCAGGGUUCCCGCGGGGGACCCUCAGCCCCGGGGCUCCGCAGCCCCCACGGAGCCGGCAGGUACCCGGGGGAGGGGCGCCCCGGGCCGGGCUGGCUGAGCUGGACGCGGGGGGCGCUGCUAACAAAGGGAGCCGGCCGCCGGGGCGGGCCGGGCGGAGCAGCGGCAGCGGCAGCCGCAGCCGCAGCCGCAGCCGCAGCCUCGGGGACCAAGAGCGCCCAGCAAGGGAGAGCCAAUUGUGCAGAGACCUGCAGCUAGCAGCCCAGAGAGCAGAGUGUCGUCUUGCAUCCCAGAGGAAACGAACUGGUCUCCUUGAACCUAAGCCCUAGCACUUGGAUGCUGGCCCAGCACUGAGAUGUUUGUUGAUCAUCCAGGAAAAAAUGAGCCUUGGCCUCCAGACCCAAUAAAGCAAACAUCCCGCUCAUGGAGAAUAGUGCUGCUUCCUGAGGACCUGGAGGGCCUGCAGCCUCAGGGGGAUUAACCAGAAACAGGAUUGUCCUCCUGCCCAGAACAGAGUGGUUUCCUUGAAUGCAUCCUUCAUUAUGAUUCACACCAGCCUGAAGAAAAAGUUCAGUUACUGUGUACUAUUCUUUCUCUUGUUCGCCGUUAUCUGUGUGUGGAAGGAGAAGAAGAAAGGGAGCGACUACAAUUCCCUUAAGCUGCAGUCUAAGGAAGUCCAGGUGUUGAAGAAUCUGGCCAUGGGGUCUGGCUCCCGUUCUGCAGCUUCAAGCAGCACCCGGGCCCCUCCCAGGGCCAGCAAGGCCCUCAGCAGCCCUAGGGGACCAGCUAAGGCCAAGCUAGAGCCCUCCUAUCCUGUAUGGAACAAGGAGAGCUCUUCCAAAAACCUUAACCCCAGGCUUCAGAAGAUCUGGAAAAACUAUCAGAACAUGAACAAGUACAAAGUGGCCUACAAAGGGCCAGGGCCAGGGGUCAAGUUCAGUGCCAAGGACCUGAGCUGCCUUCUCCGGAACCACGUGAAUGUUUCUAUGGUAGAGGCCACAGAUUUUCCCUUCAACACCUCUGAAUGGGAGGGCUACCUGCCCAGGGAGAACAUUCGGACCAAGGCUGGACCAUGGGGCAGGUGUGCUGUUGUCUCAUCAGCCGGUUCUCUGAAGUCCUCCCAACUGGGCCGAGAAAUAGAUGAUCACGAUGCAGUCCUGAGGUUUAAUGGAGCCCCCACAGCCAACUUCCAGCAAGAUGUGGGCACGAAGACCACUGUUCGCUUGAUGAAUUCCCAGUUGGUCACCACAGAAAAACGUUUCCUCAAAGACAGCUUGUAUAAUGAAGGAAUCUUAAUUGUGUGGGACCCAUCUGUGUACCAUUCAGAUAUUCCAAAGUGGUAUCAGAACCCCGACUAUGGCUUCUUUGAUAACUACAAGACCUACCGCAAGCAGAAUCCCCACCAGCCCUUUUACAUCCUUAAGCCCCAGAUGCCCUGGGAGCUGUGGGACAUCCUUCAGCAAAUAGCCCCAGAGGAGAUUCAGCCAAACCCACCAUCUUCUGGGAUGCUUGGCAUCAUCAUCAUGAUGACGCUGUGUGACCAGGUGGAUAUUUAUGAGUUCCUGCCGUCCAAACGCAAGACCGAUGUGUGCUACUACUACCAGAAGUUCUUUGACAGUGCCUGCACACUGGGCGCCUACCACCCACUGCUCUACGAGAAGAAUAUGGUGAAGCACUUGAACCAGGGCACUGACGAGGACAUUUACCUGCUUGGGAAAGCUACAUUGCCUGGCUUCCGGAGCAUUCAGUGCUGAGCAUGAGUCCUCAUCCAUUCCCAUGCAGACAUUUCACUGCUAUUUUCUUGGCUACCUUGGGCCUGGGAAGACCGUGGCCUUGAUCAAUUCAAGCCUGCACCUUGCACCCUGGGCUUUGCCAGGAGGAAUUCCUGGGCUUCAAGAAAGCUGGGGGUAGGGUGGGGAGGGGGAAGACUUCCCUGUAGCCAGGGAAGUGUGUGUGUGAGCCUGAGCCUCUGGCUACACUGGUACACACACACACACACACACACACACACACACACACACACACACACACACACUUUUCGGUAGGCAGGCCUUCCCUGUUUCACACAGGCAGAUGUAAGAUCAUCCAUUCCCAUAGGGCUGCUAAAUCUAGGCCUUUUCCUCCCUACCUGAAUGAUGCUACUCUUGCCAACCAGUGCUCUGAAGUACUUGAAAUCUGUAGCUGACAUUGAUUUCAUGCUUUAGAGACAUUUUCCCAAAUGACUGUGUCUGGUCCAGGGCUGCCUGGGGCCUGUGUGUAUGUGUAGGUAAGAGGUGCCGCUCUAGGAAACACACUCAAAUCUUAGUCUUUCAUAACAAAGUUGACCCCAGUCCCUGUCCCUGGGGAGAGAGAGAAGGUGUGCCUGCCACUCUGGCUGGGGUGCUGCUGCUCAGCCUGGGUGCUGGUGAGCCCACACCCCUUUCUUUCCACAGGAGAAACAUGCCUGCCUCCAUCUGUGUUCCCAGGUUAACCCCAGCUCAGGGACAGGCAGGCAGGCAGGAUUCCCUGUGUGCAGUGUGUAGCACUGUGGGCUCCUCUGUGUGGUUACCCUGAGGCCGGCACACUUAAGACAUAUGGGUUGAGGCAGCUCUGCAGAGGCAGGGGCAUGGAGAGGAUGCUAUCUGAAGAGGACAGACAAGGCAGGUGGGUGCCAGCCACCAGAGCUGUGUUUCCUUUCCACACUUGCUCUCCAAUAUUUCUCUGGAUUUUCAAACUUUUUUUUUUUUUCAUUUCUGAUUGACCAGAAUACUAUAUAGCUCAGGUGUAUAGAAGCGCCAGGGUUUGAACCCAGGACCUUCAAGCCUCAGGCAUGAGAGUCUGUUGCCCAAACCACUAUUCCAUCUCACUGUCUCCCCAGGCUUAAUUUUUUUUUUAAUUAGAGACAGAAAUAGAGGGGGGGAGAAGGAAAGAGAUACCCGCAGCACUGCUUCAUCAUUUGUGAAGUUUCUCCCUGCAGGCAUGGACCAGGGGCUUAAACCAGGGUCCUCGAGUAUUGUAAUGUGUGCACUCUACCGGGUGUGCCCAGGCUUAAACUUUUAAAGGAAGCUCCCUACUCGUGUCUAAGCCCACAAGCUGGAUUGCAGUUACCUGGCUUCUCCAGUGGCUUGAUCCUGUUGCUGCAACUGGCCGUUGUGUCCAGCUCUUCCUUUUCAUUGCCCACCCCCUUCUCCUAACUACCACCUGUAUUUCCUCUUUAAAACUGUAGCACAUUCCAAGUCACCUUUAGGUGUUUCUCCACUUCUUUCUUUCAUUCUUUUUUACCUGCAUGGGCAUCUCAGGGACUGGAGGGAUGUGGUUCCCAAGAAUUUGAAAUGGCUCUUAGAGGACAGAAUUUUGGCCACUAUGAAGGUUCUUUCCUAGGUGUCAGAUGGCCAGGCCCUCCGCCAGCCCUUCUAGCCAGGCAGCACCAGUAGCUUCUGGUGGUGUCACUGAAGACACACUCUGGGUGGCUCUGUCAGGUCCCUUCCCUUGCAAGAGAGCCACACCGGACUGGUCUGGCUCCAGGUGUGAUGAAGAUGUAAAAUAAAAUAAAAUGAAAUAGUCUGUGCUCUAGAGUCAGGCAUUACAGGCCAGCCAUGAGUUCAAGGCCUUGUGGGGCAAACUCCAGACCAGCCAUUGUGGAGCCAGUGUCUCAUCUGGGCACUGGCUCCAACCCUUGGCUUGCACAUAAGAUAGCAGCAACAGCCCUGGGAUUUCAAAUGAUGCUCCCCUCUUUAGUACCUGUGCCAUUGUGGGCAAAGUCUCUCCCCUCUGAGCCUCUGUUUCCAUGUCUAUAAAAUGGAGGCAUCGAGCCUACCUCAAAGGACUGUCAUGAGGGUGAUGUGGAAGCCUGUCUUGGCUCUGCAUUCUGCAGUCGUAGAUGGUUGCCUUUCCUUAUGAAGGAACUGCUCUGUGCCCUUACCCAGGCAGGACCCUGAUUUCAGGGAGGGCAGAGAAGGGACCCUAUCCUCAAGGAAUCAGCCAGCCUACUGGGAGACAAUAGUUGCUCCACUUGGAAUACCCAAGAAACGGUGAAGAGAGAAUGCAGGUACAGAAUGAGUCCUGCCUCUGCCACUGGGGAACUGCCUCCCAUUCAGGCCUGAUUCUGUUAGGAUCAGGUCCUCAAGGACCACUCAGUGCUGGGAAGAGCAGGCCUUUGCAUCAUUCUGUGCCCCUGAAUUCCUGCUUGCUUUUUGCUUGGAUUCGACACAGCAGUUGCAGCCUCGGACAAUGUGCUGAAGGAGGCGGCUGGGACGUGUGCACGCUGAGACAACACUGGGUAGAUGCUAGCUUUGAAUUGUCAGUAGUAUAAAGGAUCAAGUUAAUUUAAAAGUCUGAUUCCCUUUCUGUGCUCUUGAUAUAUGAGAAACUCUGCAAAUAAGAUACAGUUGUUAGAAGUGAUUGAAUGUUUGUGACGGAUCACUGGGAAAAUGUGACUGUGCAGCAAGGUGCCCCUGUCUGGGCGAACUGUCUACUUGAUGGCCAGCUCUGCAUCCAGCGUCAUGGGGUCCUCUAAUCAUUCCCCCAGGAACUUCUCAAAAAGCACAUGAUCACCCAAAGAUUGUGUAAAGAUUUUAAAUAAAUGGUUUUCUUUAAAAAAAAAAAAA